GCCCCAUUUAAUUUUGUUGCCCUUUAUUUGUCUAUUAAUCUAAUAAUUUCCUUUUGUAUCAUCCACAUUUUCAAAUCUAAUAAUUUUAUGACAUAUUCUUCCACUAAUAAUUUCUUUAUAUUAAAAAAAAACUCACAUUAUAACAAAAUCCUAAACCGCCUAUAAUCAAGGACACAUAACUAUCAAUCUAUCAUUGCCUAAUCUUUUCAGGAGUGACAUCCAGGUGUAGCUGACCACUCUUUUCAUGUUGUUAAUAUUCUACACAUAAAAAUCAUAUCCAAGUCUAACCACCACACAACCAUUGUUAUCACUACAUACUAAAAACAGUAAGCUUGAACAAUGCAUUAUAAAUUAGACAAUGCAAUUAAAAUCCACAUAACCACAAAAACCAAGUAAAAUAUACAAUGCUAUAAUUGUUCCUCAAACAUAUUAAUGAGUAAAACAAUGGCACCCGACAUACCUCAUGUGGUUUGCAUUCCAUUUCCUGCACAAAGCCACAUUAAAGCUAUGAUGAAUCUAGCAAACUUACUACAUUCAAAGGGCUUCUACAUCACAUUGGUGCUUACUGAGUUCCAUUUUGCUAGACUAUUAGCUGCUUCCUUGGAUCUGAAUUCUUCCUUCCUUGAUAGCCUCCAUGACUUCAGUUUUGAAACUAUUCCUGAUGGUUUGGCUGCUGAUAAUGCGCGAAACAUUCAAGACAUGCCUGAAUUGUUCCAAUCUUUAUCCGGGGAACCAAGCAAAGCGUUUCGAGGUCUUCUAAAGAGGCUUCUUGCCUCUCCUGAUGUUCCUCCUAUCACUAGUAUAAUUUCAGAUGGAUUCAUGAGUUUUGCCUAUAGAAUUGGUGAAGAAUUGGGCAUUCGAGCAUCGCUUCUUUUCACAGUAGGUGCUUGUGGCUUCCUAGGGUGCUUGCAGCUUGAUGAGCUUGUCAAAAGAGGUCUUUUUCCUUUAGAAGAUGAAAGCUGCCUUACAAAUGGAUACCUUGAAACACCAAUUGACUGGGUUGAAGGACUAGUAAAAGGGGCAAAAUUGAAGCAUCUUCCUACAUUUAUUCGAACAAUGAAUCCGAAUGACAUAGGGCUUAAGUUUACAGCAGAGGCUGUCAGAAAUGCUCAAACUGCUAGAGGGAUGGUUAUUAUCAAUACAUUUGAUGAUCUAGAAGAAAAAGCUUUGGAGGCGAUCAAGACUAUCAAACCAAAUAUCUACGCCAUUGGCCCUCUUUCACUGCUUUGCCAACAUGCCAAUGAUCGAGAACUCCUCCCUCUUAAAUCGAGUUUAUGGAAGGAAGACACUAAUUGCUUACUAUGGUUAGAUACACAAAAUCCGAAUUCGGUAAUCUAUGUUAAUUAUGGAAGUCUAACUGUAUUAACUCCAGAGCAAUUAGAGGAAUUUGCGUGGGGAUUAGCAAACAGUAAGCACCCUUUUUUAUGGGUGAUCCGAUCUGACCUUGUCGAAGGAAAAUCAAAUGUCAUAACUGACAGAUACAUGAAGGAGAUUGAAGGAAGGGGGCUGCUUACGGGUUGGUGCCCUCAAGAAAAGGUGCUUCGACAUCCUUCAGUGGCCAUGUUCUUGACUCAUUGUGGGUGGAAUUCUACACUAGAGAGCAUAAGCGAAGGUGUACCCAUGAUCUGCUGGCCUUUUUUCGCAGAUCAGCCGAUGAAUUGCCUGUAUACAUGUCAGGGGUGGAGUGUUGGAAUGGAGAUGGAGGAAGGAAAUGUUAAGAGGGAGAAAGUUGAAUCGUUGGUGCGAGAGAUGAUGGAAGGUGAUAGAGGGAAGGAAGUGAAGAGAAAAGCCAUGGAAUGGAAGAGAAGAGCAGCCGAGGCUACAAGUCAUAGGGGUUCAUCGCACAAUAAUUUUGAGAAGCUGAUGAAGUACCUCAAGUGUGAGAAAAAAUAAUUGUCAACAAAAUAGGAAUUCAGAUAUGUCAAAAAUUCUGCGAUACAAUUCGUUCACAAAGUAUAAUAAAUGGGUCGAACUGAAGUAAUUCGGAUUCGAUUCAGAUUCCAGGCUUCUGUAUCAGGUCAUGUCUCAUGUAAGGUCAAAAAUUUGCAGAUAAUUUGUCAUUAAAGAUAAAAUGUACCAAACAAUAAACAAGAGCCAAAACUAUUCUUGAGUGAUAUCACUGAUGAACAAUAGAUCUCGAAAGGCAAACCGAGAUACAAGGAUAAAUAGAUAAACAGUAUGACACUAGCACACAGAUUAUACAGAAUCUGGAGAUCUCACCGAAGAGAAGAAUUCAAUGAAGUACUUCAACGAGGAGGCACCACUCCAACAACAGCCGCAACUAUGAAACUAUGAUACUGUGAUAAGGCCCAGAUGUCAGCUUACGGAUCUGACUCCCACUCUAUACAGUCAGAGUCAUAUUCGGUAUAUGCAGAUGAAAAUUAUGGAGCCUACAAAGGGUAUUUCAAGUCAUUAUUAUAUUACAUGGGAUCAGAGACGCUCAGGUUCUUCAUUUAUUCAUGGAAAUUAUUUUGCUAUGCACUGAAUAUAAAAGGAUGAAGUAUAAAAGUAUUCUGUAUACAUGUAUGAUGUAUCUCUUUCAGAUGAGUCAAGUGAGUGAAAUUUGAUACCAACAUCUGAUAAUUUAAUGUAAGAUCACAAAAAAAAAAAAAAAAAAAAAUACCAAAUCAUAAAAUUUAUAUGUAUAACUCUAUGGACAUAGUUUGUCUAUUGGGUCUUGAAAAACUUAUAUGUUAGCUAUAUUGAGCUACAUUACAGUCAAAACAAUGCAAAGGCUUGCAAACAAGUUGAAUAUUUUCAAGUACAGACAAGCAUUUCAUUUUUUUCCUCCUUUAUCAAUGAUAUCAGGUUCACUGAGAUGAUAACUAAGACUGUGACCUCCAUAAAAACAGCUCAAUGUAACUAUGAAAUGGUCAAUGUAACUAAUAAGAAACCCGAUAUACAUACAAAACGUGCAGCAACUUUUCCAUUCAAAAUAAUAUCACAUAAUCGCAAUUCUUGAAAACAACAACAUUGCAUUAACACAAUGUUAAUUUUCUUCACAUAAAAUCUUACCAUACACCUGACCAAUCACCAAUGUAAUACAAAAUUGUUAUGCACAUAAUAAAAUGGUCAUUGCAGCAUGAAUGUACCAUUUUAAACCUAUUCUUGUUAUUUGUAUAGAAAUCAAAGGUUCAAUCAUUUACACUUUGUUUGUAUUGAAGGAAUUGGAAGAAAAAAACGGUAAAGAUUUAGAGAAAUACAAUUUUCUUUGUUGGGAUAACAAAUUUAGAGGGAAGAGAUCUGAAAGGAUUAGCUCCCUUAUCAACGUCCAAAUCUCUCCCAAAAUGAUAAGAUUUGGAAGAAAAUUGAUUUUUCUCUUCCACUCCUUUCCCUUCUCUCUUAAACAAACAAUAAAAGUUUUUCUUACCAAUGCAUCCCCUGCCUUUCCCUCCCCACCCCUCUUAGUUUCUUAUCCAAACAUAAUAUUAGUUGUUAGUACCAUUAUUUUAUACUUCUAUGUGAAAAAGUAUAGAGACGAGUAAUCGGCCAAUUCGCCAUUGCAUGGCAUUCCUUUAAAGCACAGGUUAGGUGUUGUAAAAUCAACAGAUCCUUAAUUUUGAAGGUAUUAAUGAAA